UCUGCUACGAUUCUAUAGUUCUGCGAGAAGUCGCCAAAGCAGUGAGAGCACGCACAUUUUUCUGCCAGGUGCGAAGCUGGCACAGAAACAAAUUUUUUUUCGCCAGAUGGUCUUUAGAAGCCGCUGUGGUCCCUAAGAGCACAAUUUCCAGCCAAGCUCGCUCCGCUUCCGGACAGGUCAAAGAUAGCAAAGAUGAUGAUAGAAUCGAACCCAUCUACCGAGGAAAUAGGUACCGAUACCAGCAGGAGGACUCCAUCGUCAACUCAUAUCAGCGCCCCGGCUAAAAUCUUGGGUCUAGCCUUGGUGGCCUCACUCUUCACCCUCCAAUUUUUGCAAAGAGAUUUUGGGGUUUCUCGCAUUGCCACCACAGAUGAAACGCUGCCUGCAUUGCACCACAACGAGUUUCACUUGGCAUCCUAUCAAAGCUAUGGAUUCUUUGAUGACAUUUCAUCCAAAGAUUGGAAGCUAUACAAACAACGGUUCCAAACUCACCAUGACCACCCGGAUGAGAAACGGCCAAAUCCCAGGCCAAACAUCAUGCCAGCAGUCUACUAUAUGAAUAACUAUGAUCCUCUCUUUACUUGUCCCCAUCCACGAAGGGUGGGUGGACAAGGUGAUGGCCCAAAGUGGACCUGUGAUCCCCAUCGACUGGAACGUGUGGCAAGAGAACGAAAAGAAAAAGCUCAAGGAGGGCUACGGUCAAACAGUAAGGAACAAACAAAUUGCCUGAUCUAUUCUGUUGGAUCUGCAGGAAAGUACGAAUGGGAGGAAGCCUUGGCCAAGUCCUUUAUGAAAGAAGGACAAACGACUCAACAAAGUACUUGUGAAAUCCAUGUGUUUGAUUUCAGUAAAAACUACACGAAAGAAGGCCAUGCCAGUGAGCUCAACAUUCAUUUUCAUCAGUGGGGUCUGAAAAGCAGCUAUGAUGACAGCUUGCUUGAUGCCUGGAGGGUCAAACAACGGGAUCGACUCUUUACACUUCCAGAAAUCAUGGAGAAGCUGGGUCACACUGGCUACACUAUUGACAUUCUCAAGAUCGAUUGUGAAUUCUGUGAAUGGUUCACCUAUGAGGAUUGGUUGAAACCCGAGUUGGACAUUCGACAGUUGCUCCUGGAAGUGCACAAUCUUCCAACAUCGCUACCAGACCCUCAGAAGAACAAAGGCGGACGGUACUUUCCGGUCUCCAUGUCUCUCUCUCCCAAUAAAUUCUUUGAUGGCCUUGAAAAGGCAGGCUUUGCAAUGUUCAGCAAGGAGCCCAACAUUCAUCCAUUGGCACAGGGAAACGGGGUUGAGUUUGCCUACAUUAAGCUACACCCAGAUUUCUUUAAAGCUGAGGAAGUUGUCGAGUGAAGUCGCUGCAAUGGAUAGCCUGUGGAUGUUGCCACUGGAAGCCUCCAUAGACUGCUGAAAGCCAUAGACUCUACUCUAGUACCUGUUACAAUACUUACUCAAGUGCAAUAGAUUCAAGCUUGUGUUCUGGAUGGGGCCAGCAAGUCUUUGUGGAUUGUCAAUGGCCCACUGGACAUGCAACUGGAAUGUUCACCCUACUAGCUAGAACCGUGGCUCUAGCAAGAAGCAUGGCUGCGAAAGCAGUUCGAGCUGGACUGAACCCACCCUGGCUCUAGCAAGAAGAAUGCUGAACAGCUUGAGUCGAGCUGGACUGAGCUUCGUACUUCUGUAGAGAAGCUGCAAGGGAGAAAGCUGGAUCACAAGCCACAAGUACGUAAUUCGCUACAUGUAAGUGAUAGGUUGGUGGUUGGCCAACUCCCGCGGUUUGAGUAUCCGAAGAUUUGUUGGUAUAUUCGGCACGUGCCUAUCGGAAAACGAUGUGGGUUCUUCUUCAACCACACUUGGGUUUAUUUAUUGCAGUGGAAUGAGAUGGGCAGAAAGAGGCGAAGAACAUCUGCCAUCGGACAUUUUGGCUGCUACAAAUAAUGUGACCACGGACCACGAGCUGACGACGACACUCGAAAAAUCUAGCCAGCUGGCUCG